UUAUAAAAAAAGCCUGUAAGGUACAGUCAAGUAGCAGAGGAUAGCGAAGACAAGGCCGAAAUAAUUUACCGGAUCCUACCUUACUUACAAAAAAAACGUAUUUAUUACACUUGGAGACUCUUUUUAAACGAAGUCUAAAUUAUGCUUAUAUUUGUUCGCUUCAGAUGUUAGACGUUUUGGCCAACUUGGACAUAUUGCAUGGAUAAAAAUACCGCUGAAUAGGCAACUGCUUGUGGAAGUAUAAGUUCUAUAUUUAAAUGAAACUACCAAAGAGACGAUGGAGAUAGAUUCGGUGAGAGUUGAGUCGAGUGUUUGGAUCGGUAAUAAGCGCUACAAGGCUCUCCUGAGCGGAUGGUACUUCAGCUGGACUGAGAUCGACAAGAGGAACCGGGAAAAGAAAACAAUUUCAGUGCCGGUGUCAGAGGUGAUUGGGGUGAAGGAAGGUCGUGUUGAGAUCCAAACCCAGAAGAAAGUAGAAGACACCGACCUUGAUUUUACAUUGUUCUAUGUGAAGCGCAACAGCAGAGGUAACGGACAUGGACUGUCAUGGAGUCUGGGCAGGACCCAGUUCUGCUGUCCUAGCCGGGGCGUCCGGGAUCAAUGGAUCACUCAACUCCGAACCGCACUCAAAACCCACAGCCCCUCACGUCCCCACAGGUUGUUGGUGUUCAUUAACCCUUUUGGAGGAAAGAAGAGGGGGAAACAGAUCUUUCACUCUCUUGUGGCCCCUCUGUUUGAGCUGGCUGGCAUCAGCUCUCAUGUUGUGGUGACUGAACGAGCAAAUCAGGCCAGAGACUACAUCCUGAAGAAAGACUUAACAGGGUUUGAUGGAGUGAUAUGUGUGGGCGGAGACGGAAUGUUCAGCGAGCUGCUGCACGGUGUGAUUGGACGAACCCAGCAGGAGGCGGGAGUUUCAGAACAUGACCCAACUGUAAUGCUGCAGCCAUGUGACCUCCACAUUGGCAUAAUUCCAGCAGGCUCUACAGAUUGUGUGUGUUUCGCUACCGUGGGCAUAAAUGACCCUGUGACAUCGACGCUGCACAUCAUCAUUGGAGACUCUCAGCCUUUGGAUGUGUGUUCUGUCCAUUAUCAAAAAACACUGGUACGUUAUUCUGUGUCUAUGGUGGGCUAUGGUUUCUAUGGCGAUGUUUUGGCAGAGAGCGAGAGGCACCGCUGGAUGGGCCCUCUCAGAUAUGAUUAUUCAGGUUGUAUGGUGUACCUGUGUAACAGGAGCUAUCCGGGACUAGUGCAAUAUCUCCCUGCUGAUUCCCACAUCUCCAGCCCACGGGACAAAACUCAGUGCCUCUCGGGGUGCCGUGUUUGUUCGGAGAGCAAAGAGAGGCUGUUCCCCCGCUUUGACAGCUCCAGUUCCCUCUAUAGCACUAAUGUGAGCCAGUGCAACAGUGAAUUAGAUGGUGAGUGGGUGACUAUUGAAGGCAGGUUCAAGUGUGUCUCUCUCACCUGUAUGUCAAGCUCAUGUCCACGGAGCCCAACGGGUCUUUCGCCGUCUGCUCACCUGGCCGAUGGGACGGCGGACCUCAUCAUGGUCCGAGAAACUAAUCCUCUUGGCUUUCUCACAUACCUUCACAGGCACACAACCAAACAGGAUCAGUUUGACCUGCCCUUCGUUGAAGUUCAUCGUGUCAAGGCUGUUCGGUUUUCUCUACCCCCUGGAGAAGUAGUAGAAGAAGAAGAGGAAUACGAGGAAGAGGCUGAUCGAGAAAUUCAGGCCUCUGCUGAAAGAGAACUGGAGGAACCUGAGAAACUGUGCCAUGGUAACAGUGCAGGUCACUCACAGCAGCAUCUCGCAGGGUGGAAGGAGAGAGGAAGUGAGACAAGUAGAUUAAAGGGACAAGGCUUACUAUGUGGGCCUUGCUGUACCAAACCUCGCUCGGUAUCCGUGUGGAACUGUGAUGGAGAAAUUCUGCCUCACACCAAGAUCUCAUGCAGAGUUCACGGCCAGCUAGUGCGUCUCUUUGCCAGGGGUAUCGAGGAUUCAACAAUGCAAUGAAACCUGUAAGAGCUGAGAAAAGAGAUGUGAUCAUUGUAACAUAUGACCUUUUUAUAGCACUCUUUAUGAGGACCUAAUUGCAAAGAAGAUAAAAUAUAAUGUAAAUAUGUAUGAUGGGUGAGAGGAUGUGCUUGUCUUGUAUUAGACGUCAUGUACAGCUCAUUUCACAUUUGCAAGAUAUUUAAGCUGUUCCUAUAUUUUCAUGGAAAUCUGAAGAAUAAUGAUGAACAUAUGCAGUUGAUGGAUCAGUUUCAAAUCUGUCACAAUGUUGUUCAUUGCAUUGAUUUUAUAGUUGUUGUUUUUUUUUUGUUUUUUUUGCAGAGCAAAAAAAGUAUGUAUGCAAUAUUUUAGUGUUAACUCAACGGACAUUAACAACAUUUAACUUUGUGUCAGGGUUAUUUAUCCAGCACAUGAGUGAAACCACUGGUUUGUCUUUUUAGUGAAGGCACUACAUUUUCUGUGUAAGGCUUGUACAUUGACAGUCACAAACAGUAACAUUGUUUUAAGGGAGGGGACCCAUUCCAGACAACAUUCUCAAAACUCGACUGGAAUGUGCAUAUACGAGAUGUCAAUGGGUUUAUUGUUCAAAAUCACUAGUUAAAAUGUGUUUGUCCUAAUAAAGUGUCAUGAAUGUAUACUAAACAAU